UAAAUAUAGCUUCACUUAAAUCCACACAACGUUUUCGGUAACGAUUUCUUAGAGGCCAUUUGUUUAAGUACUUUUUUGCACUUGAUAUAUAAAAGCAUAUUGAAAAUGAGAGAAGUCAUUGCUGUACAUAUCGGACAGGCUGGUGUCCAAGUCGGUAAUGCUGUUUGGGAACUGUUUUGCAUUGAGCAUGGCAUUCGUCCAGAUGGAACUGUUGAGGCUGACCCUGGCUAUGGAGCCGGUGAGGAAGAUCACGCCUUCCAUGCAUUUUUUGCUGAGACUGCCUCUGGCAAGCACGUCCCAAGAUGUCUUUUCGUUGACCUUGAGCCUUCGGUUGUUGACGAGGUCCGCAGGGGUGCUUACAAGGGACUUUUCCACCCGGAGCAGUUGAUGUCUGGUAAGGAGGAUGCCGCUAAUAACUUUGCUCGCGGUCGUUACACCACUGGUGCUGACAUUUUGAACCCUGCUAUGGACCGCAUUCGCAAGUUGAGUGACGCCUGUGACAGCAUUCAGGGUUUCCUUUUCUUUUCGGCUGUUGGUGGUGGUACCGGAUCCGGUACUGGCAGUCUUCUUCUCGAGAACAUUGGUGCUGAGUAUGAGCGCAAGACUAAGUUGAAUUUCUGCAUCUGGCCAUCUCCUCAGGUAUCUACUGCUGUUGUUGAGCCCUACAACUCUGUAUUAUCCACGCAUUCUCUUUUGGAGAACACCGACGUUGCUGUGGUAUUGGACAAUGAAGCUAUAUACUCCAUUUGCAAGAAGAAUCUUGACAUUGGUCGUCCCAUUUACAAGAAUCUUAAUAGGAUCAUAGCUCAAGUCAUUUCAUCAUUGACUACAUCUCUCCGUUUUGACGGUGCGCUGAAUGUCGACAUGAAUGAGUUCCAGACCAACUUGGUACCUUACCCUCGCAUUCACUUUAUGCUUUCUUCUUAUGCUCCGAUUAUUUCUGCUCGUAAGGCUAAGCAUGAGUUUAUGUCUGUUGGUGAGAUUACUAACAGUGCUUUUGACCCUGCUUCUAUGAUGGCUGAAUGUGACCCACGUCUUGGUCACUACAUGGCUUGUUGUUUGAUGUACCGUGGUGACGUCGUACCUAAGGACGUCAACUCCGCCAUAGCUCAUGUUAAGAGUAAGAAGUCUGUAAGAUUCGUUGACUGGUCUCCCACUGGAUUUAAGUUCGGCAUUAACUACCAGCCACCAUGUGUAGUUCCUGGCGAUGACCUUGCCAAGAUUUCACGUGCUGUAUGUAUGAUAUCCAACUCUACCUCCAUAUCCGAUGUAUUUGUUCGUAUGGACUCCAAGUUUGAUGUGAUGUACGCCAAGAAGGCAUUCGUUCAUUGGUACAUGGGUGAAGGUAUGGAGGAGAGUGAGUUUGAGGAAGCCCGUGAAGACGUAGCGGCGCUUGAGAAAGACUACGAGGAGGCCAUUUCGAAUUAAUUUAA